AGAAGGGCGAUGCUGUGUCUCGGCUGCUGCAAUCGCGGUUAAUUCGCACGUGUCGCGAUGUCGGGUGGCACGGCGGGCGGCGUCCGCGGCACCGGCGCCGAGUGCAGGAAGUUCGCGCCGAACAUAUUCAACAAGAGCAAGUGCAGCAGCUGCUUCAAGCAGAAGGAGGAGCACAGCGCGGAGGCUCUGGAAUGCAACAGGGCCACAAGGAAGAUUUCCAAAUGUGGAUAUCUAUUUGUCGCGCCUGGAUGGGACUUUUCAAAUCCGCUGAACCGGACAAAGAGAUGGCAGAGGAGGUGGUUCGUUCUGUACGACGAUGGGGAGUUGACGUACUCCGUAGACGAACAUCCCGAAACGGUGCCUCAGGCGAGGAUCGACAUGACCCGUGUCUUGGAGGUGGCCGCAGCCGAAGACGUCACCGGACAUCCUUACAGCCUCGCCGUAACUUCGCCGGAGGGUGUAACCUUCGUCAAAGGAACGUGUCGUGAAGAAACUAGAUGGUGGUCGGACGUUCUUCAGGUGUACUCACGAAAUAAGGGUCGGCACAAGCGAAAUGCAACCUUUCCCGGUGGGCAGACGACGAUUCUGCAAGUUACACCGACGAUUCGGAGUAACACGCCAAAUCCACCGCGACCGCGCUUCAAUAGUUGCCGAUCGGAGCCGCGCAGCAGCCCGUGGAUUCCCGAGACCGGCGGAACGUCGGAUUUGUGCUCCUCCGUUUUCUCAUCCACGUCGUCCUUGGUGACGACCAGUGUCGUCACCGCUACCAGCAACAGCGCGCUGACCAACGGCAACAAGGAGAGCAUCUCCGAGAUCAGGAACAACCUGUCGCCUCUGCGUAGCCUCGAGAACGGUUCCACCGGAAGUUAUCUGACCGUGGUGACGUCAGCCACGUCGUCGUCAUUGAACGGUAACGUCUGCAGCACGAUCUACUCGACCUCCUCGACGGCCGUCUCGACGGCGACGACAACGACGACGACGACGACAACGGCGACAACGGCGAGUAGCAUCGUCUCGUCGUUGUCCGACAAGCCGCCGAUGAUCCCCAACGACGGCAUUAGAUCGACAAACUAUCGAGAUCAACCUGCGAGCAGCGCGUCACCGCCGACCCGGGACAAGCUCCGUGCCGAGGACAAGGCCAGGCGCAGGAUGAAUCAGCAGGGCGAACGGACCGGCGGCAUUAUCGGCGACGCGGCUGGCCCAGCCUCCGGCGAGAAACUAGACGAGGAUGCGUGCCGGAGGAUAUUUCUGGAGCACGAGCGAGAGAGAGAAGGAAAAUUACGAGAUAUAGCGGCCUCCUUGACACAACCACGAGUGAGGAGAAUUAAGCCAAGAACUUCGGAGCCAACCAGGGACGUAGUAGACGCGGUCAAUGCGGCUCAUCAAGAUAAACUUAUCAGAGGCGAUCCUGACGGCUGCGGCCUAGAUAUUUCCGGCAUCAGGUAUUCACCCACUUCCGAGCUGAGAGUCGAUUUGCCGGCGGAGGACUUGCUGAACAUCAAGAAAGGCUGGUUGAUGAAGCAGGGAUUAAACAAGGAAUGGAACAAGCACUGGUUUGUUCUGAGGGGCUGUGGAUUGAUGUACUACAGAGAUCCCUGUGCGGAGGACAAGGGCAUCAUGGAUGGCGUUAUAGACCUCAAUACUGUCACUGCGGUUACGCCGCUUCAGGUCGCACGAAAUUAUGGAUUCCAGACUGUCGCUUGGGAUGACAGAGGUAAUACGGUGCUGUCCGCGGUGACAGCUGGUAUCAGGUCCAGUUGGAUGUCGGCUAUCAGAAGAGCAGCCAAUCUACCUGAUCCAGACAUCAACGUAGAUUCUCUUACUGUUUGCCCGGAUACGCAGCAAGAAACGAAUCCGCAAUCGCCUACCGCAUCCAUCACAGAUCGUGAAAGAGACUCCGUUGUUCCGUCGACGUCCAUCACGCCUAGAUCAGUUCUGUUCUCAUCUGACGAAGAGUAUAGGACCGCUUCCGAGGGUGGACGAAGAGAGUCGGGUGAUUGGUCAGAGAUGCCAGUAUCACCACCAUUGGUAAGAAAUGGCGAUUGGCCUAUAGCGCUGAAGGGUUCCGGCUGGUCAGAUUCGACGAACCACGAAUGGUCAGAGCUGCCACCGUCACCACCAUUAACAAGAACCGCUCUAUCUAGAGUGAAAGCUCGGUCUAGAUCGAGUUCCAGAUCGAGAGUUUACAAGAGAAGCCGGAGCUCGCCCCCGAGUUCGCGGAGAAGCACAUUAGAUAGCGUAAGAUCGGAGGAUCUGAUGAUGGCUUGCUGUGAACUCGGCGAGGACGAGGAGCAGAACAAUGGCCACCUGCAGAACAACAGCUGUCUUUCGAGCUCCAACGACAGCCCUCUGAUCGUUGAGCUUUUGGAAAAUCAAGUGUCGCUGCUACGUGAUCAGUUGGAUCAAAAUCAGUCUCAUCCGAGUACAUUACUAGUCAUUGUCGAGCGUCAGGAAAGUGAAAUCGAGAGUUUGAAGUCGCAGCUGAAUGCGGCGCGAACUGAUAUUGCGAAUGCAGAAAAGGAACUGUCUAGACUCCGACAGCAAAAGGUGGAGGCGUCCAUCAGGGAAAAACAAGUUGAGGAACUGUUGAAUACAAUACAGAGGACGGAGCAGCAAAGAAACAAGGAUUUGGACGACUUGGAGAAGAUGAAGAAAGUGUAUAAUAGAGAGAAAGAGGUCUUGGAAUGUAAAUUACUUGAAACAGAGGCUAUCCUGAGGGAGACGACGGAGAGAUGCGAAAUGCUUACGAACGAACUGACAUCGAGUCACCGAACCGUCGAGCAUCUGCAGGCGGAAACAGCAGCUCUCAGCGAUAGAUUGUCGCAAGGGAUCGAAGAAAAUGAACGGCUUUAUAACAGAGUAAGGGAAUUAGAAGAAAAGAAUGGACUCUCUGCGUCGAGAGAACGUGGGAGAAGUUUCGAUUCUCUUAGCGACUUGACUAACAUUGAAUUAGAUUUAGAUUUGACUGCAUUGGAUAAAGAAAGGGUUAUGGAGGAAUACGAUGAAUUGCGAAGCCGUUUCGAGAAAGCUAUCAUGGAGAUACGAGCUAUGAGAAAGGAAUUGCGAGAAGCUCACGCCACACAAGAUGUUUUGGAAUUAGAGAUAUUUGCUCAUAAACAAGAUGCAGUUAAUGUCAGCGAAACAAAUCAGGCACAGAUUCAGCUAAUGGCAGCGAGAAUUCAAGACCUGACUAAUAAAUUAGCUGCUAGCGAAAAGCAGAUUAGAACACUGAAACAAAAGCUAACAAAAGCUGAAAGCAGAGACAAGAGAAGAUCACUCUCUCUUAAAGGAAGAGAAUCUUUUCAGAUCUCUCAAGAAGUGGAGGACAAAUUGUUGGAUUUAGAAAAUAAGAUCUGCGCUAUAGAAAGAGGUAAGAGCAUCAGCGCUCCUGCUUCAGCUGGCAAUAGUUCGAAGGAAUCAAGUCCUAAUCUGAAAAAAGAGAAGAGAAGAGAAAGCAAAAAUCUGGAUCGAGCUAGAUUGCGAAGAAAGUCUUUAGAUAGCGCGACGAGCUCUGAACCAAUGAAAGUAUUGAUUAGACUAAGUACUCUGGAGACAAAAGUAGCAAAUGUUGCCGAAACUAUGGUCAGCGACGCAGAGAAGGAUUCUAGCGAGUGUAGUGAAAUCAGCGGAUCCUCUGAGGUAUCAUUGGAGGUCUUGGCAAGGUUGAAGAAACUAGAGAGAGUAGUGUCAAAGUCAAAACGACGAUUAGAAAAAUGUCUUGGCUCGACACAAGCAGAGGAUAAGGCCGAAAAGUGUUUGCGCGAGGUGAACGAAAUAUUGGACUCGUGUUUAGAAUGUAAGAAGAACCAGGCUAGCGCUCAAAUCACCGAAUCAGUAGGAGUAGUGGUAUCUAGACUAGAAACUAUACUUAAGGACAAACUUAGCGAACUCACGAAGAGACGGCAGUUACUGGCGCAGGAAGGUCGGCUAGAUGAAAGAGAGAAGAUGAGACUUAUUGCCGAGAGAAUAGCCUUCGAGUCCGUGAUCCUGCGGCAGAUAAAGUGCGCGCUGAAUCGCACGACAGAUAGAAGCGCCGUUCUGAGUGAAUUGGUCGAAACUAGUCAGCUUGCCUCAAGUUUAAAACGUAAGAUUCACGGAACUAAGCCCAAAACGUACCAAACGAAUUACAUUCAGUAUCUCACUAAAGUGUUAGCGAAUAAGUUAGUACUGAUAGGACACUCCUCUAUAUCGGCAGAAACGCCGAAGGAGAUUAGUGCCGCUCGCAGCGAAAGUCUGAACUUUUUGCUGCAGAAGCAAAGAGAGAUCAACGAGAUCAUGCGAAAAUAUAAGGAUACAAAGUUGCGACAGCUCGCGGAAUCUCUGGCUGCCGAGACGUUGAGUCUGUCCGAGCAGGAGGAUCUCGCAGGCAAGCAGAUCAGCGGCUCGAACAAGAAAUUACUCGAGGAUAGACGCAUUCGUGAGGCAUGGGCUUUAGCACAAGAGACUGUGAGUAAGGAACUCGUACAGGCCGAAGUAUCUCACGUUAUCAUGCGUUACGGACAAUUGUAUGAGCAAAAUGUUACUUCAAUCACGGACAUUUGUCUCAGUUUUGAUAACGCGGACAAUGUUAAACUAGAAUCGUGGGUGGACGCGGCGCAAACGCGAUUGCGCCAAGAGAUGGAGGUUUCCAUACACGAGUUGUCGGAGGCUUACGAGGACUGUCUACGUACGAUGAAGAAAAAUAAAUUGACGACGCUUGAUUCCAAGCACGAAUCCCGCCAACUGCUGACGGACUAUGCCGACGUAAUUGCGCACAAAGCUUUAAUAGAUUCCAGAAUCACUCUCCUUCAAGAAAACGCUCGGCAAUCAUCUACGACAUUGUCUGGAGAGACUUUUGUAUCUAGUCUUAUUCGAAAUGAAGAGAUCCUUUCCUGUCUGAUAAACGAUGAAGGAUACGAUCUUCAAAGCAAUCCGAUUCUCGACGCGGAGUAUAAUUACCUUUAUCAGCGAUUGACUAAGGAAUGCGAGGACAGGAUAUCCGGAAGAAAAGAAUCGAAAGAGCAGCUUAAGAACGUUAGUCAGUCGUUGUUUCAUUUGGAAGAGAAUCUAGCUGAGCUCAACAAAUGUAUAAAGGACAAAAUGGGCGUGAAACUCGAAAAUAUAAUGUGGCCCAAAUCGACGAGCAGCAUCACGGAUUGGUCCAGCGUGUGCGAAAAAUGCUUGCAUUUGCGGGAACAGAUAAGGAAACUGAGUGAUUACAUGAACAACAUAUCAUGCCAGACGUGCAGUAAACUGCAAGAAACUAUUCAGAAGAUAACUAACGAGCAUAAUCAGGAAUUAGAGACACUCAAGCGUAAUCAAGAGAGAGAUCUAAUGGAUAUCAAGGGCGAAUUAGAUAAUCAGCGUCAAUCUCUAACGACGCAGUACGAACAGGAAGCGGCAAGCUUACGCGAGAGAGCCAGAAAAUUGGAGCACCGUCUCAACGCGAUGGAUUCCGAACACUCGGCUCAUGUGAAUGAGCUGAGAGCCGCUUAUCAGAGAUCAAUAAACGCUGAAUUGGAUACCGACGCCGAGACGCGAAAGCGAUAUAAGGAGGAGAUCAAGCAACUGCGUGCGUUAUGCGAGAAAGGUUUGUUGGCUAUGGAAAACUCACACAGGCGUAUUAUCGCUGAAAUGGAAGAGAAACAUCGGCAAGAGUUGGAGAAUCUAAGAGUGGAGAAGGAACAAGCACUCUCCGAGGAGACACAAGCAACUCUGGCCGCACUAGACGCCAUGAGGAAAGCGCAUGAACACGAGGUGCAAAAGGAGAUCGCCAAAUUCAAACAAGAAUUUAUCAAGCAGAUGCAGGCGCGCGAGGAUAUCGGUGUGCUGCACAAAGAACAUGAAGAGGAAAUGGAGGAGAUAAAGCAAGAGAUUCUUUCUCUGUCCGCCAAGUAUUCAUCCAAGUGCGUGGAAUCUGCCGCGUUGGAGGAGAAAGUGGGCAAUUUGUCCAAGCAACUCGCCCAGGCGCAACAGCACAUCAUGCAACUGGAUGCGAGGAACAAACAGUUGCGAGCACAUUUGGUAUUGGAGACGAACGACGGUGGUAUCAAUGAUACCAUACAGCUUUUGAGAGGUAGGGACAACGAGCUCGCCGAACCAAGAGAAGAGAUGCAUCGACUGCAACAACAAUUCAAGCAUGGGGACAACCUUCGUGAAUCGUCCGGUGUGCCGUCAAAAGUCACCCUGUCGCUAGACUACUCGCCCGCCUACUCGCCGCAACGCCUUAGAGGUAGUCAGAGCGGUGGCGAACAGAAAUUAACGGGCGAACGAAGCCCAAAAGGAGCAAGCUCCUUGUCUACCGCGUUGCAAAAACAGUCUCUGUCGACGGAUCGGUCCCAGAGCGCAUUCUCGUAUAGACUCGAGCGCGUAAAAUCCGUCUCGUUGCCGUACUCGAGUAGUCUAGCCAGACCGGCGAGUAGCGUCGGCGUCUCCGGCUCGCACAUUGACGGGAAAGAGCCGCCGGCGAGUUUAGGGCAAAAGGAGCGUAAUGGCAACCUGGGCUCGUCAUUGUGGGACAGCUUGCGACCGAGGAGCGGCCUGCCUCAUCAGUAUCAAGGUGGCACAGCAACAGAGAUGCGAGUCGGCAGCGGCACUGGCGCCCAGCGGUGGCAGGAGACCAAACAGAAUGAAAAGCAGCAGCUCUCGCAGGCAUACACCCUCCGUGCCAACGCUCGUCACACAUCCCGCCUCACCCCGGAACCCACAGCUCUCUCCGUUGCAGAGUUGAUGAGGUCUCCAACAGUGAGGUGGUCCAGCAGAAGUUGUCGCAGCCUACCUCCAACCCCCACACCAAGUUACCAUCAUCCACUUCACCCUCCUCUACCCGCCGUGGGCAUGGUCGCCGAGAGGAAGAAGCGUUUUGAGCUCUGAAUUUCUGUUUUUUUUUUCUGUUUUAGUUCAUUAAUAAUUAAAUAAUGCGCGUGCAGAGAAAUGAUGGAAACAAUUGCGUUUGACUUAUCUAAAAUUGUUUGGCAAACAAAAUUUAGACCGUUUAGAUAAUGAAACAUAUCAUUUAUAUUGGAAAGAAGAAAUACUAUUCUAAUAUGUAUUUCUUCGUCCGAAAACUAUAAGACUGAAAGACUAUUUCGAUAUAUUAGAUGGACCAAUAAAUAAUUUUAAAAUGUUCC